GAGAGCGGGCACGCGGAGGCGGGGCGUCCCGAGAGGGGCGAGCGCCGGGUGGGCGGGGCCUCCUCGUCCCAGGCCAGCCCGAGAGGAGGGCGCGGGCACAGCGCCGCCUGUCCCCGGAGGAAGAGGUCGGAAUCCUGAUCGCAGUGGGUCUCUGCUGUUCUAGCCGCCCAGGCCAGCACCGAGCGCCAUGGCCCAGCCACCGCCCGACGUCAGGGAGGACGACUGUCUCCCGGAGUACCGCCACCUCUUCUGUCCGGACUUGCUUCGGGACAAGGUAGCCUUCAUCACAGGCGGUGGCUCUGGAAUCGGGUUCCGGAUUGCUGAGAUUUUCAUGCGGCACGGCUGCCACACAGUCAUCGCCAGCAGAAGUCUUCCUAGAGUGUCGAUGGCUGCCAGAAAGCUGGCUGCUGCCACUGGCCAGAGGUGCCUCCCUUUAUCUCUGGAUGUCCGAGCUCCCCUGGCCAUCAUGGCAGCCGUGGAGCAGGCUCUGAAGGAGUUCGGGAAGAUCGACAUUCUCAUUAACUGUGCAGCCGGGAACUUCCUGUGCCCUGCCAGUGCCUUGUCCUCCAACGCCUUCAAGACUGUGAUGGACAUCGACACCUUGGGCACCUUCAACGUGUCUCGCGUACUCUACGAGAAGUUCUUCCAUGACCAUGGAGGGGUGAUCGUGAACAUCACUGCAACCCUGGGUACCCGCGGGCAGGUGCUCCAAGUGCAUGCAGGCUCUGCCAAGGCGGCCGUGGAUGCGAUGACACGGCACCUGGCUGUGGAGUGGGGCCCCCAGAACAUCCGCGUCAACAGCCUUGCCCCCGGCCCCAUCAGCGGCACGGAGGGCUUCCGGCGGCUGGGUGGCACACAGGCCAGCAUGAGGGCAAAGGUCCUGGCAAGCCCCCUGCAGAGGCUGGGGAACAAGACAGAGAUCGCCCACAGCGCCCUCUUCCUGGCCAGCCCUUUGGCAUCCUACGUGACGGGGGCCCUGCUGGUGGUUGAUGGUGGGGCCUGGCUGACAUUCCCUAACGACAUCCAGUCGCUGGCGGACUUCUCAUCCUUCUCUGCUAAGCUCUAGGUGAUGUGCCGCUCCCACAUUCAAGAGUCACCUGUGUCCUUGGCCCCCUUCCCAAAAUACCCACCUGGUGGACUGAUGGUCACUGUGCUGGGCCUGAUGCCUUUCCUCUCAGUCUCUUACGUGUAUUUCUAGAUGUAUUCUCGGGCACUUUUGGGUUCCCCUGCUCCACACAUAGGGCAAGGCUCGAGUCUUCCAGGGCAGAUGGGUGGUGCUGGGAGGGGCCAGCCCCAUGGAGCUGCACUGCAGACCUCGGGGCCUCCCUGAAAACCAGAACCAGUAUGGCUUGCCUGAAGAGGAUGGGAACCCUGUCUCUCUUUGGACGCUCCCCUGGGUGACCCUCUCUGGGGGCCUGAGGGCUUGCUGGGCUCAUCGGGGUGGGGGAAGGUGCCACUGCUCUCUGCUUCCCCUCCUCCCCCACCAAUCCCAGGGGCGUGGCCAGCCCUUGAGACCUGCUCAUCCUAGUCCUCUGAGCAGCAGCUUCCUUUGAGGAUGGCUGAGGAGAUGUAACCCCCCUGCUUGGGACCUGGCCCCUAAGCCUCCUGGGUCCCCAUCGCAGGGUGGUGGCAGGAACGUUCUAGGACUUUGGCUGGCUCCUGUCCCGUCCUGGGGGCGGGAGCGGUGGAGGGACACCCAGGAGCUCACAGCGUUCAGUCACACCGUGAAGCUGCAGUUGGCGUGGGCUUCUGUGGAGACCCCCAGUCUCAGAGGUGGGCUUGUUUGUAGGACAGGAACUGCUGAUUGGCCAUCUGUGGUUUGGUGGCCGGCAGAUACGUUCUCGGUCCCUGGGGCAUGCGGGCGACCAGGCGGCGGGAGGGUGUGGGUGCUGGGCAGGCCCCCCGGUCGCUGGGGUGAGGAGUACUGAUGGUGGAGGGCUGGGAGGGGGCAGAGGGGUCCACUGUAUCCACCUCCAGGAGACGCACACGGCCUGGUGGCCUGCUGCCCGCGCCAGCCUGGCCACUCACACCCCCCGGGCUGUGCAGGAGGCGGGCCCUGGUGCCCCUCAGUGCUCCCCAGUGACCUUGUGUCUGCUGGCAUUUCUGACAGGCAGGGGACAGUGUGCGGCAGAGGAGCUGGUCUGCACCUGCUCUCGGAUCCCUGCGACCUGCCUCCCGCCUGCCCAGCCUGAGCGCCAAACCCGACAAUCCCAGCAGAGUGUCUGAAGCAGAGACUGACCUUUCCUCUAGGAACUGUGCUGCAUCCACACUCCCUCCCCAUGGCCCUGUCUCCCAUGCAUGGGGGGCAGUGACUAGGCAGUGUGGCUGACCUGCUGACCUGCUCACACAUGCUGGGGAGGUCUGGGUUCCAGCACUUCGAGAGUGUUGAGGAGGCCAGGACGCAGGGGUGUCCCCCUUGCACAACCCAGGGUCAGGGCUGUCCUGCCACCCCAGCCCCUGCCUAGGCUGGCCUCCUUUCCCCUCCUGCCUGCAUCCAGUGGGUGUCCUGAGGUGGCUCCCAUGGCCUGGGUGGAGAGAAGGGGGCAUUUCAGGCUGUCUUCUCUUCCUUGCUCUCCCGCUUUGAGACCUUUGCUUGGCAAAGAGAUGCCAAACUAGGGAGGCUGGAGAAGCGUGUUUGAGCCUCUCCACAAGACCUGUGUCCUGGGUCCUAUCACCGGGGGUGUGGGCUGCAGAAGGGACCUCUGCCAGCCUCCAGUGACACGGGCAGGGUUGCUCCCCACCUGCCCUGGAGUCUGUCCUUUGCUGGGACAUCCCUAGAGGACUUAGUCCUUGGUCAUUUAGGGGCUCACUUUCUAGGUCCUCCACGUGGCCUGUCCCCAUUGUCACCAGCACCCUCCCUCAGGCCCAGGGGGUGGGGGAUCUCUGGACCCUCAAUUCUUCCCCAAUGACCACUCUUUGACACAUACCCAGGCCAGGACCUAAGGGGGCCACUUGGAUCCUGGGCUUGUUUUCUGUGCUGUUUGUUACAAACUUCAAGGUGCUCAAAGCUGUCGAUCUGCCCUCUGGCUGGGCAUGCGGCUUGGGUGCCCCCUUCCUCCCUGCCUCCCACCCUGCCCCCAUCUGUACUGUCCAUUUGCAUAAGCACAGGUCCUAGAGUUUUGCCAGAAAAUGUAUUUACUUAAAAAAUAAUCUUUUUACUGCAAAAACAUCUAUUCAUUGGACUUCACAAAUGUUUUUAGAAGGAGGAGGAGGGCACCUGAACAGAAUCACUGGUGAUCUGGGCGUUUAGUGGUGUGUCUACUUCCUGUCUUUUUCCUGUGAAGAGUUUAGAAAACACUUUUUACCUAAUGCGUGAAGCCCUGGUCCUGACUUAGGGGGAGCCCACCCUGAGGCAAGGGGAGGCUGUCUGCUCCCCUGGUGGGAGGGGUGUCCUCCACAGCUGGUCCUGGAGGGGGGCGGGGGGCGCUGCCUGCCCUGCAAUCUCCUGGUGCUGCCACUAGAGUCCUGAGCUUGAGCCCUCUGCCCCAGACACCCACACCCACCUGAGUUCCUUCCCGCCUUCAUGGGUGCAGGGGCAUGGCAGGGAGGCCACAGGGCAGAAGGAGUUCCGCUUGCCAUUUAAACGGAGACCAGGGUGUGGUGGCAUCAAGUCUACCAGCAAGGCAGGCAGAUGGGCGCUCGUGAUGCCACGGGAGGAGGAAAGAGAACCGUGAAGGCAGUUCCUGGGGAGCUGCAACCAUAGACCCCACGUGCCAGAAAGCUGAGGCCUGCCGUCCCUGGAGGAGACAAAGAAGGCCCUGGGGAGGGUGUCCCGCCAGCCACAUUCGAAGGCCUGGGACUCAACAGCAGCGUAGCUCCAGGAGGACAGAAGAGAAUGAAAGGAGUGAGCCUUUUAUUACUGUUAGUCAGGAUUCUCCAGGAAACAGAGCCAGUAGGAUAUAUAUAGAUCUACAGGAGGAGAGUUAUUAUAGGGACUGGCUCAUGUGACUGUGGGGGCUGAGAAGUCCCAUGAUCUGCCAACUGCAAGCUGGAGCCCCGGCAAGGCAGAUGGUGUGAUUCAGUCUGAGUCCAAAGGCCCAAGAACCAGGGGCUCCAACAGCCAAGGGCACCGGAAGGUGGAUGUCCCUGCUCAAGCAGAGAGCGAGGGAACUUGCCCUUCCUCAGCCCACACUGAUGAGGGCAGGUCUUCCAUCUACUGAAUCAAAUGCUAAUCUCUGAGAAAUACCCAGAGAUACCGAUUUACCAGCUAUCUGGGCAUACAUUAGCCCCGUCAAGUUGACACAAAGUUAAACAUCACAGUUGCACAGACCAUGAGGUCCGUGCCCAUGCUCAUCGUCUGCAUGUGGUGGUCAGUUCGGCUGUAAGGAAUCUGCCUCGCUGUUUGGCUUAGUCCACCAGCCCCGGCUGUCGUCCUGCAGGUCCAGGACGCCUGCCGGGGGCUUGUGGGUCAUGGGCACACCUGGCGUGUGUCACUUGCCAGGUGGGCUCCAGGACGGGCUGGCAAGGAGGGCCAGGUGCAUGUGGUGAGGGGGCUAACACCGGCCCCAGCAGUGGCACUCAGACUUGGUGGCAGUUGGCAGAGAAUUAGGUUGUCCCCUUCCACAUUAACAAUCUCUACAAUUCCCUUAGAAAAUGCCAGGUUCUCUGAAAGGAAGGAUCAUCUUUUAUGUGUGAACCUCAGCUGUGGAAGCUGAUUUACAGACCCCGCCCACUCCGAGUCCCCCUUCCAUGGCAUGAGGAUGCCUCAUGUCUUUUCAGAACUACACAUAAAAAUAUCACAGCUGGGCUUCUCUGGUGGCACAGUGGUUAAGAAUCCGCCUGCCAAUGCAGGGGACACGGGUUCGAGCCCUGGCCUGGGAAGAUCCCACAUGCUGCGGAGCAACUAAGCCCGUGCGCCGUAACUACUGAGCCUGCGCUCUAGAGCCCGCGAGCUACAACUACUGAGCCCGAGUGCCACAACUACUGAAGCCUGUGCGCCUAGAGCCUGUGUUCUGCAACGAGAAGCCACGACAAUGAGAAGCCUGCGCACCACAACGAAGAGUAGCCCCUGCUCUCCGCAACUAGAGAAAGCCCGUGUGCAGAAACGAAGACCCAACACAGCCAAAACAAAAACAAAACAAAUAAGUUAAUUUAAAAAAAA